AUGUCUGCAGCACACAAAACAAAUAACCUUGUCUCUGAAAGUGCCAUGAUUGCUACUCAUGAUCCUGUUUAUACAGAUCAUGAACUUGAAACAUCUGCAACUGAUGUUGCCGCAUCUGUGGAGGGAUCAGUCACCUCUGUGCUCCAAUCUCAUGAAAAGACUCCUGCUGGAAACCAAAUUGCUGAAGGUGACACUAUUGUUGUGGCUCCUCAUGUCCCUAUUGUUGCUGCACAAAGGUAUAUUGCGGAUAUCAAUGGGUUGAUUCCAACCAAAAGCACCCAUUUCAACAUCGUCGUUCGUGUGAUAACCAUCUGGAAAAUGUACGAAACAAAGGAAAAGAAAAAUGUCAGAUCUGUUGAGUUGGCUUUGAUUGAUGCUCAGGCUACUAUACCUGGUAGAAUGGUGAAGGAUUUUAUGAAAUAUUUCAAAGAUGAAGGUGUUUGCAGGAGGCUAUCGCGCUUUGAUCACGGACUUAAUAUAAGUGGAGGUUACCGUUGCUCCAGACACGAGUAUAAAAUUAUGUUUGGAUCUGACACACUGGUCGAAUCAGCUGUUGAUUUAGAAAUCCCUAAUCAUGUUUUUGAAUACACUCCGUUUGCAGAAAUCACAAAUUUCGUAGCAAAUUUUGACUACUGUUUUGAUUUGAUAGGACACAUCAUUGGUUUCAGUGAUCCUAUUAUUGAAAAUGGGAAAAAAAGAAUCUCUGUUGAACUAGAAGAUGAAAGAGCUGAUACAUUGAAGGUUACUUUGUGGGAUGAACACGCUGAUCGUGUUCUCAACUGUAUGAAUAAUAACCCUGAAUAUCCUGUGGUCAUGAUUGUGCAGUAUGUAAAGUGUAAAAAAUACUAUUCUAAGGUUUCGGCUACAACGAAUCUUUACAAUGGUAGGAUAUAUCUCAAUGAUAUGACCAUUCCUGAUAUAUACGAGUACGAACACAGGAUGGAACAAGAUGAGAUCAAGGGUGCCAGUAUCCACAAGAUUUCAAUGCUCUCAUCCAUUUCAGGGUAUACAUCAUUUGAGGACUUUGUCCAUGAGGCUGAGAUGUUAACUUUGUCUGGGAUUUCUGAAUUGGACCAGGCUUGCAACGUUGUGGUAUUUGGUAAGAUAAGUGGUUUAGCAAAGGAACAUGACUGGUCAUAUACAGGUUGCAAUAUUUGUAACAAGAAGGUUUUUGAGAUUGAAAAUGCUGACAAGUUCAACAGUGGUGGAGGGAAUAAAAAGACACCUCUUGGCACGGGUAGAAAGACAGAUACUGGAAAGGCUAUUGGAUGUGACAAAAAGUGGAUGUGCAGUAAUCGUGGACCGAUUUUGGCUGUUGCCCCAAAGCUGGAUGUAUCUAAUUACAAUAUUAGGAAUAGCACCAGUGAGGUAUCUGUUGCCAGAGUUACUACUGAUGCAGAAAUAAUCAAGAAAUAUCUUGAUGUUUUUUCUGAUGAUAAGGAAAUUGAUCCAGAUUUAAGUUCAGAAUUCUAUCCCAAUGUAACACCAACUCAGUAUAGCACUGCUAAGACAGCUGUGUCGUGCACUGACGAAACUGAGUUGGGAUUACCUGGAGAUGAAUCAGCUGACAGCCCUCCUCCAAAAAAGUCUACAUCUGCACAUUAUGGUGAAGAAAGUGUGAAGUCUCAUCCCAGCAAGCGUGCCAGGAAGCUCUGA